GGGGAAACCAAACCACAGUCGUCUGAUCCUCUUUCUCUCUCUCUUUCUCUGCCAAUUGUGGUGUGUGUCUCUUUUCCCUCGAUGCUCUCUCUUAAUAAUACGAAACCUUCUAUCACUCUCUCUCUCUCUCUCUCUGCCCUCACUAUUAGCUUCAAGUUCUUCUUCCGCUGGAACAGCCGCAGAUAAUUUAUAUAUUUACUGGUCACUUAUGGAUGAAAGAUGUUCAUUAGAAGUCAACAAGGUGGUGUUUUGCUAUAUAUCGGUAUAGUAUUUUUUUGAAGAAUUAUUCUCUUGUGUCCAUGGCUGCUGAUCAGAGGAGAAAACGAGUAAAUGGUGCAAACAUUGCUGGUUAUGGUUCUAGAGAGCAACACAGGAUCAAAAGAAAGAAUUUGGGAUUAGUUCAAAAUGAUUUGAACAUGAGACCUCACAUCUCUGUUGAGUGGGAUGAUAAUCACAAAAAGGUUGUUGCUAAGCGGGAACAAAUUGGCAUCAGUUGGAGACAAAUGAAGCCAUUUAUCAAUUCGGUUUCUAAUGAUCACAAAAUCUUGGCAGAUGUGUUUUCAGUGCCUCACGAAAUUUUUGACUUGGAUAAUUUAAGUGAAGUUCUUUCGUUUGAGGUUUGGAAGACCCAUCUUUCAGAAAAUGAGAGAAACCUUCUUAUGAAUUUCCUCCCUUGUGGCUUUGAGCCACAUCAAGUUGUGGAAGAACUACUUGCCGGGAUUAACUUUAACUUUGGAAAUCCCUUCUCGAAAUGGGGCGCUUCGCUUUGUUUAGGUGGUCUUCAUCCAGAUAUGAUUGUUGAUCAGGAACAGCAUCUUAAGACUGAGAGGAGAGAAUACCACUCACACAUACAUAAUUAUCACAACGAUAUGAUAGGAUUUCUAUCUAAGUUGAAGAAGAGCUGGCAAAGCUGUAAAGAUCCAGAAAAGGAGAUUGCGCAAAAGAUAUGGAGGUCAAAACAUGUAGAGAAAAGAAUGCCCUCAAAAGUGAUUGAAUCUAGAGUCUAUGAUCAUGAUGGGAAUGUUACAGGGACAUCUGAUUCAUGCUCCUGGGAUGCAGAGGAGAAAGCAUGUAGUAGCGACAACCAAAUUUCCUCACUGAGAAAAGACAAUAAACUUCAAAGAAGGGUGCUUGAAAAGGGCAUUUUUAAAGGUAAAUCCCAAAAUUUGAUGGAUUCUUUGGACAACAUGCCUAAUGUGGCAGAAAAGCCGAAGACAGGAGACAAACUGCCUAAGCGUAGCAUUCAUUCUAGUGAUAGUGAUAAAUACAUGUCAUGUAUCAAGAUUAGUAGGCAGCAGCUUGAGCUUGUUAAGAAUAUGAAGCAGUCUGGUAAAAGCAUCCAAUCUAGGUCCCUUAACCGGGUUUUGGGUAACCUUGAAAAAAUUCAUGUGCAACCAUACAAUAUAUUUGUCAAAGAAGAACAGAAGAAGUUGCAGGAGCAUUGGUUGCUAUUAGUAAACAAAGACCUCCCUGUGGCUUAUGUAAAUUGGACAGAGAGACAGAUACAGAGACAUGCCGUGAGAAAUUCUUUGGUGGCAGAGAUGAAGGAUAAAUCAAUUCCUCUCAUAGAGGGAGUGAACACAGGGAGUGAACUUAAGGAUCAGGUUGAUGUGAACUCAGGGAGUGAACUUAAGGAUCAUGAUGAUGUGAACUCGGGGAGUGAACUUCAGGAACAUGAUGAGGAGGUGAACUCAGGGAGUGAACUUCAGGAUCAGGAUGAGGACAAUAUUAGCUCAGGGGACAAGCUGAAGGAUCAGAAUGAGGAUAACAUGAGUUCAGAAGGUGAGCUUCAGGAUCAGAAUGAUGAUAAUCUGAGCUCAGGGAGCGAACUUCAGGAUCAGGGUGAGGAUAAUGUCAACUCGGGUGAUGAGCUUCAGGAUCAGGUGAAGGAUGGAGGUCUGAGUGAUCAGUCUGAUUUGAAAGAUGAUGAUGAUUCUAUUUCUAGGUCCCCCGAGAACCAGUCCCAGCACAAUUCUGAUGUUAGUGGUGAUAAUGAGUUCAACCAAAUGAGUGUGGAUUCAGAAAAGAAUAUUCUUUUAUCAAAAUCAACAAAUAAUACUUCGUCGGGUAGUGGUGAUCAUGAAUUCAACCAAAUGAGUGUGGAUUCAGAAAAGAAUCUUUUAUCAAAAUCAAAUAAUACUUCAUCGAAUAAAGAUGAGUAUUCAGUGCAUAUGAACACUCAGGAUGUUUCUAUUGAUGAAGGAGCACCUUUCACUUCCAGUGGUGAUGUCUGGCAAGGAGUUGAAAUGCCACAUUCAUACUAUGAUUCUGCUGUGACCCACGAGUACGCAGCCAGUGGGUUAUCACUGGCUAAUCCUCAAGUCAGUCAAGAGCAGCCAACUCGUAUGAUUGAUCUUGAAGCUGAUUUGCGUCGAGAAGAGACAGGCAAAGAGUUGUUAAGUAGGCAAUUAGAUAAUGGAACCUUCAGUUCAUACCAAAGCCAGGAUCGAAGUGUCUUACUUCAAUCACUCUUCAAAGGAGAGGGAUUGUUACCUUAUCAUCAUGAUCAGAAAGAAGCUGAGUUAGAUUUCCAAACUUCAAACAAUGUUAUGAUGGGGGGUGGCCAAUUUUCCAGUCAUUUCAAGGAGCCAUUGCAAACGUCGCUGACAUUGGACCAGGGGCGAAGGAGAGCUACUGAGGUUUACAUGCCAGAAAACAUGUCAGAGAAUAUUUAUUCGGAUGAAGGAAGGUAUUUAAUCCCCAGACAAGAUCCAUUGAUCCCCAGGCAAGAUCCAUUGAUCCCCACGCAAGAUCCAUUGAUCCCCAGGCAAGAUCCUUUGAUCCCCAGGCAAGAUCCAUUGGUCCCCAGGCAAGAUCCUUUGGCUGCAGUAAAUAUGACUGAUUGGGCUGCUAAUAAUGCUCGCAUAGCAGGGCCUUCCCAAUCUCACUUAAAUACUGGAGAUUUUAUUGGUCAUCAUUGGUUUCCUGCUGAUCAUCAAGUUCGUGGUGGUGGCUGGAAUGGAUCUGAUGGUGGUGGUCUUUCAAAUCAAAGUCUUGGCCCUGGAGCAAGCUCUGAUCAGAGUUUAUUUAGUAUUCUGUCAGAGUGUGACCAAUUGCAUUCAGGUAGCCUUUAUGAUUCAGUUAGAAAUACUGACCAGUUUCUUGCACCCAGAACUUAUGGAUUAGUAGAUGCAGGUACACCAAGGGUGAACACGGUUGCACCACCGGCUUCUCGUCCAUUAGAUUACUUCACUGGACGUGAAGCACCUAGUGGCCUGGUGCCUGAUGAUAUGGCAUGGAUGAGCUUGCCACGUCAGAAUUCUUCAAUACAUGACCAAAUGGGAAAGCCAUACUUAAGGUCAUGGAACCGGUAAUGAACGUUUUACCCAAUAUUAGCGAGGUAAUCUUGUCUGCAAGACAGUGAGAAGAAAUGCACAUUUGUCCAUGUGAUAGAAUUUUGACUUAAGCAAGAUCUACAGAAGCUGGGGCAUUCAUACCCUGAAAUGAGAGAGAUAUGUUUCUGUACAUACCUAUACCAAGGCCAACUCAACACCAUGUACAUAUCUAGAUAUUAGAUGGCAGGAAAGAAACCAAGUGGUUAAGAUAAGCUUCAAGAAUUUCAGGCUAUUAGGCAAGUUACAUAUUUUAUUAUUUUUUCCUUUGCUUCUAGAGAGACAUUCUUUAAUAAUUUUGGAAGAUAAGAAAUGCUGGGGGCUGGUGCCACUUUUUGAGUUUUGAGUUACCUUUAUUCUGGGUUCUUUUUCAUAAUUUUGGUCAUAUAUCCAAAUGCUAAAAUGUUUUUCUC